AUGAAAUUAGAAGAGCUAACAAACAAGAAGGAUACCACAUUGCUCCAAAUCAUGGUCAAGAAAAUAAUUCCUACUGGCCAUUCAUCAAAUGAGUUUAGGCUAUUAUGCUUUGUUCUUUCCUCCUUGAUAACCAUACCACCAAAGCUCUCCCUUCAUGAGGCAGUCCAAAAUCGGGAUUAUUUAAGAAAGAAGUUCCCUGAAUUCAUGAAACUACUUACUGAUUUGUGCACAACAGAAAGGACAGAACAAGUACUGGCUCGACUUUUAUGUUAUUGUGUUCUUACAUUCCGAAAUGUUGAGGGUGAGGCUUCGUUAUGGGAACAAAAGGAAAAAUUAAUUGCUCUCUGUCGAAAGAGCAUCGAGACAAUGAAAGGAAGCACUCCGUUGUUCUUUUUCUUACUUCCUGAAACAGAAAGAACCAAGGUUGUCGAAGAGGUCUACUAUGAAAUGUUCUCUGGAACAGUUGAAGAAGUAGCCAAUGUUGAUACUCAGACUCCCAAACAAGGAAAAUCUAGAAAGAAAAAUACCAAGAAAAAGAAAACUGAAAAGAAAUUGAACAGCUCUUCAAACAAGCCAGAGAAAGAGGUGUCUGUUAAGGAAAAGGAGCUUGUUAAGGAUGAAAUGGAUGAUAAAGAUAGCAGCUCGCAAAAGAAUAACGAAUUGACAAAACCUAACAAGGAGAAACAAACAGGGUGUUGUGAAAAGAUCGUCAAUAGUUGUCAAGAAAUCCCAAAAAAGGAAAGUAAGGACAAGAAAAGAGAAGAAAAGAAGAAGUUGCAUCAAGUUCGUCCAAUCAAAGUUAUUUCGAUGACUUAA